CAGAGCCGCCGUAGUCCCGCCGGCUAGGGAAGAGACCGUAAGACUCCGGCAUGAAGCCGCCGCAGCGACGGCGGACGGUCCCGGCCCGCUACGUGGGUGAGGCUACCGGCCCCACGGCUUGGAGCCCCCGCGAGAUGCGGAAUCUACUGAGACUUCUUCAGGCUCGGCGGGGACAGCCGGAGCCAGACGCCGCGGAGCUGGCCAAGGAGCUGCAGGGCCGCAGUGAAGCCGAGAUCUGCCGAUUUAUCCAGCAGCUCAAAGGUCGAGUGGUUCGUGAGGCCAUUCGGAAGGUGCACCCAGGAGGUCCAAGGCGUCGAGAAGCACAGCUCCCAGCCCCUGUAGAGGUAUGGAUGGAUCUUGCUGAGAAACUAACAGGCCCACUGGAGGAAGCCCUGACUGCAGCUUUCUCUCAGGUGCUCACCAUUGCUGCUGCAGAACCCAUCAGCCUCCUGCACUCCCAGCCAGCAAAGCCCACAAAGGCCUGUGCAAAGCCACUGCUGUUCUUGAGGACCCAAGGAGAGCAGAAGAAUCCUGUCCUUGAAGCUUCUGGGCCUGGCCCUGUGACUGCUGACCCCACCCCCGAGGCCUCUGUGCCUGCCCCUAAGGCUUCUGAUCACAACCCUGAGACCUCUGGCCUUGCCUCUGUGGUUACUGUGUCUGAUGCCCCAACCAAAUCCCUGGCUGGCCCCUCCACAGAGACAGACUUUGUUGUGGACUUUGAGAAGAUCUACAAGUAUCUGUCCUUCUCCUCUAGAAAUGGCCAUGGCCCUGAGCUCUCAGCAGCUGAGUCAGCUGUGGUCCUUGACCUGCUCAUGUCACUUCCAGAGGAACUGUCCCGCCUGCCUUGCACAGCCCUGGUGGAACAUAUGACCAAAACUUAUGCUCAACUGAUGGCCCCCCAGGCCUCCCUCCCUAGUGGGAGCCCCAGGCCUGGGAAUGAAGAAGGAGGGGCUGGCUGCAGGGGGCCAGAGGAGCCUGGCCAAGCCAGUCCUCACGCUUCUGAGCCCACAGAACAGAGGCCGGCCUGGCAAGAAGUUGGGAUCUGCCCAUUGAACCCAUUCCUGGUACCCCUGGAGCUAUUGGCCCAGGUGCCCACCCCUGCGAGGUGAGGAAUACAGAAGGCCAGAGAAGCUGACUUCUGCCUGGAACUUCAGUCCACCACCACUUACUGGGUGGCCAGGAGGAUGUGGAAGUCCCUGACAUGGUGUCCAGCCACAGGCUAAGUCUUCAGAUGCUGCCUCAGAAAGGGAAGUACAGUUGUCAUGAAUGGAGAUAGAGAACUCUGCACACAGGCAGGAUUCCUGGACAGACAGACGGGGCUGGCUUCCCUAGCCCAGCUGUGCCUUGUUCUCUGCUGUGGGUACCCUAACAGCAUCAUGUUUCAUGUAUAUGCCCUCCUGAAUCUGCGCUUGCAUUAGAUUCUCCUAGCUCAACUGACCACUGUACAGUGCUCUCCACUCUUUUCUGGGGUGUCCUGUGACUUUCAAUAAAGUAAUCGAAGCAGCUAA